AGGGCUGGAGGCAGGCGUCCAGCGCCAGCGAGGAGCUGCAGCAGCAGCAGCCACGAGUUACGCACGCAGUGAGCUCAAAGCUUGUCUACGGGGGUCCCGCCUCCUCGGGUAGGGGGAGGGGGGCUCCCCCGAGCGCAUCCCAUAAAGGGCAGGGCGGGCUGCCUCGGCGCUCGCAUUCAAGGCGAACAGCCGAGGCGCUCGCGAAGCCGGGACCCGCCUCGCUUGCUUCCCUCAGCGGACUCCCGAGAGUUCACUUGACGAGGCGAGCCCGGCGGCGCCCCUUCCCGCCUCAAGAGUCGUCCCGAGAGGAGCGCCGGGGCUUCGAAGGUGCUGCUGAGGCGCUUGGACUGCCCGAGCCCACGCCCGCCUUCGGGGCGUCCUCGCUUGUCCCUUCUCUCCUCCGCAAGUUACCUCAGCACAGCAUGGAGAGGGCGGCCGCACGCCUGGCGCUGAGCGCGCUGUUGCUCUGCCUGGCCGCUCGGGGCAGCCCGCGGCAGCCCGACGAGGAGGAGAAGGCGCUGGUGGUGCCCGUGAGGCUGGAUUCCGCCGGGCGGCAGCAGCAGCGGCUCUACCGCCUGGACGCCUUUGGCGAGCGCCUCAGCUUGGAGCUGCAGCCCGACAGCAGCUUUUUGGCGCCGGACCUGACGCUGCAGUACGUGGGCAGCCGGCCCCGGAGCGAAGAGGAAGAGGCUUCCGAGCAGCCGGGCGCCUUGGCCGGCUGCUUCUACUCCGGCACGGUCAACGGCGACGCGCAUUCCGCCGCCGCCCUCAGCCUGUGCGGAGGGCUCCGCGGGGCUUUCUACCUGCGCGGCGUCGAGUACCUCAUUCAACCGGCCAACGCCUCCCUCCAGCAAGGAGGAGACGAGCCGCUUCGGCUGCACGUCCUGCGGCGCCGGCUGCGGAGGAGCCCCCGGCAAGACGGCGGAGCGAAGUGCGGAGUGACGGACUCCGAUUUCCCCUCUACGGCUGCGGAAGGGCGGCCGCAGCUGCAUGAAGGGAAGAAAGCGGCGGCUGCAGCAGGAGCAGCAGCACCGGAGCACGCGGCUCGCGCAGGUAUUAACCUCCCUGCACUUGGCUGUCCUUGGCGGGGAAGCCGCUGAACUUCCAAGCCAAGGGAGUUCAGGCUCUGUGUGGAACGUCAGCGGGAUGCGGCGUGGCACGCAUGCGCCCGGGCGGCCGCACUUUUUUGCCCAAGCGCCCGGAGUGGUCCAAAGGCUGCAGUCGACUUCCUCCGAUUGGCCACUCUAAAAAAUGGGGGUGGGCGCAAAAAGAGAGAGAGAGAUUUAUAACAAAGCUAGCUUGUGCUUAGGAAAUAAGGGUAGUUUCCAGAGUUUGCAUUCCGUCGCCCUUAAGAAUCCUUGCAACGAUUCUAUGACUGAAUAAGCUCUUCAGAAAUGUCCAUAUUUUAGAUCCUGAGAGUAUUUGUUUGGAGGUUCUAUUGAUUGCAACAGGCACCAUUUCCAAGCAGUUUAAAUCCUAUGCAAGUGGAGUGAGUCCUGUUGGACGCAGUGGGAGUGGCUUUCCGAUAAACAUGCACAGGAUUGCGUCGCCCACUAAUGACCUACAUUUAUUGUCCACAUGGAGGUCUUUAUUUGGGACUGCUCUGGAGUAAAUGUGGUGUGUGCAUCCAUUAUUCCAGUGUUAGACAUUACAGGAUGCCGGGUGCCAAGUUGUGCCCACCUGUUCUAGAAUAUUCCCCCCAAAAGUGCUUACUAUAUUCCCUGCCCCUCUACCAUUUAAAAUUAGAAGCUUCUAAAAAGUAAAUAGUCUGCAGUUCAUAUAAGGAGGAAAGCUGACCCUAACCUUUUAAAAAGAUCGUCGUAAGGGGGUUCAAAAUAAAUGAAAAGGGCAGGUCCAUCAUAGUCUGCAAACCUCUUAUUUUAGCAUAACCUCAUAGGAGUCAGGGGUAAUACUGUGGCAUUUACUAGUUUGAGGAGACCACUUUAGCAGAAUAUGAACUGAAAUUAAUGAGCACACAACCUGAUCCUAUGUUGCUUGGAAAUAAAUUCUACUGAGUUAAAUGGGGUCAUCCUGCCCAUCAAGCAUGUGUAGGAGUGCUUGUGUAGGAAUGCACAAUGUUCAGGCUAAGGGUUGAAAUGCAAUUCAUUAGAGCCUGGGUUACAGUCCCAAACACAAUUACUAAGUAAACUGGACUACACUGAACAUACCCUAAAUGCAGUGAGAUUUUGUUUCCCUUCAGUUAAAACAAGGCAGAACCUUGCAAUUAGCAGUGGUGCUGCAAUCCUAUAUAUAUUGGCUAAGAAACAAUUAUCCAGCAAAUUACAUUGUAACUCAUAAAUAAACAUAUCUACAUCAAAUUACAUUGAUAGUACUCUUGAGUCCUAAAUAUGUAAAUCUGUGCUCUCUGAACAAUAAAACAUACGCUCUAUUGAAAUUAGAGAUUGCACUCUUAUCCUAGGUUGCUCAGUUUGCAAAUCCCAGAGACAUAGCAGCUAAUCCCAAAUAAGUGUGCAUAGGAAUGCAGCCUUAACCUAUGCAGAAUUAUUCAGAAAUAAGUAAUCUAAUAACCAUUGCUAGUCCCAAAAUAUGAAUGAGAGGAGGUAGUUCAGGUAUAAUUUCCAUCUACAUCUUUAUGGAUCUUUAUGGAUGACACAGACACAGAACACUCGUUGGUUUUCUGAAGCUUGAGCACCAAGUCCAGCAGUAAAUGCUUUUUGAAUAUACUUUCCUACCUUGUAUCUUUCCUCAUCUUAAAUCAGUCACUCCUUUCCAAAGCUGCUUUUAGCUCCAUGGGCAGGAAAGGGCAGCCCCCGUAGCUAAAUGAACAACUUAAAACUGUUGCUGCUUCCACUCAUUUACAUGGCCUUUAUGAUUAGGAAAUUUCCACUGCAAAUUACACGGGGCAAGGGGAAGGAAUGAAUAGUGAAUCGAGCUCACUGUAUCCUCAAGUAUAUGCUCAUGGGGGGGGGGGGAGAAGGCAGAUCUUUAUUGACACAAAAGUAUCCCAAAAUUGUGGUAAUUGCUGUACAGUAUGAUCAUUCACAACCAUGCCUUUGGACACAGGUGUAGCAAAGGGGAAGUUCCAGCCCAAUAAGGGCUUGUGAAUGAAGACCAUUUAAUAUGACUCAUGCAGCCAAUGAGAAAGUAGAGGAAAAGGCACUAGGAGUAAGACAAGGGCACAGUGUCUGGAGCAUAGAAAGUGAUGCAGUGAGGUCACAAGAACUGGGUCACAGUAGCAAUUGGCUGCUUGGCACAAACUUUUAUUCCUGCACUCUGCUUUCCACGUGGAGCCCCACAAUCUUAGUCAAGGCUUUUGAUUUCCAGUGCCAGCAUGACAUAAUCCUAAGGUUUUAUUACCAGAAAGGGGGGAGGGCACUUGUUCCAAGCAUGCUUCCAGUCGUUUUAAUCCUACAGCGAAUUAAUUGUAUGUUCAUUCCUGGUUCCAUACAUACCCUUUGCUUUUAUUUAAGUACAAAUUUUAUUUUUAAUAGAAUUACAGCUGUUCUACAUGGAAAUCACACUCCAGUUUAAAACUGAGGGCUGAACGAGCAAUGCAAAAAGGAUAAAGCUUUUCCUCAGUUGAUGUGAGCUGGGCUUCCACAUACUGAAGCCUACCAUUUGAUCAACAAGACAAUAUUCUAUUCUGUUUAGGAGGCUCAGCAAUUGUGUCUGUCUGCAGCACACUUAACUUACAGCAGUAGGAAGGUGGGGCAUCUUUCUGCCUGACUAUAACAGCAGGGAGCUCAAUGGAGACUUGAGGCAUUACCCAUUUGCAGAGGGAAUAUGAUCCCUCGCUUCUCUACUGGCAGUAAUAGGGGAACAAUUUCCCUUUCUUAGAGGAAUAACUCCUCCUACAGGCAGGCAAGGAAUUUUGUUUCCAAACCAAGAAAGCAGCUGUCAUCAGCAUGAAGGUGUGCCAUUUCCAAGAAAAGUGGGGAAACCCCACUCCUAGUAUUAUGCCAAGCACAGAAACGUGGGCACGUGUAACAUGCAUGGAUCCAUGAUGAGACUUUGGACCUGAUCCUGAGUCAGCCUCUUAUUUCUAGACUCUGAAUCUUGGCCUAGGUUGCUUGUGAAGAAUGAUUCACAGCAGCAAGGGAGAUUUAUUUUUACCUGUGAUGGAAAUAUUGCCUGGAUUGAAAAAAAAAUUACAGAAUUUGCUUUUAAUAAUAAUAAUAUGUUGCAUCUUUGCUACUUUAAACUCUGUCAGAAAUGUUUACUGUUCAAGCUCUAGGUAUAAAACAAGUCCUCAGUCAGCUAUUUAUAAGUAUUUUUCUUUUCUAAAAUACAGGACAUAGAAGUACAAGGAAGAAAAGAUUUGUGUCAAGCCAUCGCUAUGUGGAAACCUUGCUUGUAGCUGACCAAUCUAUGGCAGAGUUCCAUGGGAAUGGGCUGAAACAUUAUCUUCUGACACUCCUGUCUGUGGCUGCCAAAUUGUAUAAACAUCCCAGCAUCCGGAACUCUGUCAGUCUGGUGGUAGUGAAAAUAAUGGUCAUCUAUGAUGAGCAGAAGGGGCCUGAUGUGUCCUCAAAUGCUGCGCUUACCUUAAAAAAUUUCUGCAACUGGCAAAAGCAACACAAUCCUCCUAGUGACCGGCAUCCUGAGCAUUAUGACACUGCAAUUCUUUUCACUAGACAGGUAAGGAGAAAAGAAUGAAAAAGGAAUGUGUUUGUUUGGCAGAUUUCCCGAGUAUGGUCUGGAAGUACAUAGGCUAAGCUGAGGCUAAGCAGGUCUGAGCCUGGUUAGUGUUUGGAUGGGUGACUAGCUGGGACCCAGUUUGGGUGCCAUGAUGGGGAAAGGCAGGAUUUAAAAAUUAAAAAAAUAAUAAUACAUUUAUUUACUUAUUUAUCAUAAGGCUUUGGAACCAAUGCAUCCAGAAACUUUUCAUUUGAUUUUUUUAGAAAUAUUGUUCCAAAGAUCCAGUCAGUGAAGAAAUAUGUUAAUGCACCAGUUUUACUUGCUAUACUUUUUGUAAUUUCACCCAUUUGGAAACUACAGAAAGUAAGUAGUUCAGCAUGCAUACUGCUGAGAAUUUGAUUUGUGAGAUUUGUUGGCUCCUGCUUGAACGGCAAAUCCACCUGGAACUCAUUCACAAGAUUUUUUAGGUAAAUUUCCAUUGCCACACAACUGCAUAAAGUAGGUGGGGAAAACUCAUACAUUAUGGUGUGGGAUAAUUACCCAAACAGUUUAUUUUAAAAAACCUCUAUAGGAAACUUACACUAUUGACUUAAAAUAUAUUUCUUUGCAGCAUGACUACCACAAUUAGCAUAGCAAAGUUUUGUGCAAGUCCUUCCAAGAGAGAAUUAUCUUUAUACCUGUUGAAAUUCUGAGUAUUAAUGCUCUUUCCAGAAGGAAAGGCAAACUGCCAAAGUAAGACUCUUCAUGCCAAGGUUAAGCUCCUGACCUAAUUAAUAAUGAAACUGGCUCUUCUUCUCCUUGUAUAGGAUCUCUGUGGUGCCAAGACAUGUGAUACACUUGGGAUGGCUGAUGUGGGAACAGCUUGUGAUCCAAACCGCAGUUGCUCUGUCAUAGAAGAUGAUGGCUUGCAAGCCGCUUUUACCGCCACUCAUGAAUUAGGUAAUUGAGAUUCAAGAGAGAUCUGUGGCAGCCGUGAUUUAUUUUAAAACAUACAUUAUGCAUUUUAGUCUGCAUUUAAGCUAUUAAAUCAGCAUGAUUCUCUGUUACUGUGGUCUAGUUCUCAAUGAGGUGGUCAACCUUUGCCUGGGUUGUUCCUCUUCAGACUACAGGUGGGGGGGCAUGCAUUAUUGAGUGUUCAUCCGACAACAACAAAAUAUCAGUUUACACAGAAAACUAGAUCUUAAGGAGGAUAGGUCAGAACCCUUCUCUCUGAUUUCCCCGCCUCCCUAGAGAAGCAUUCAGUUAUGCCACCCUCCACUUGUAAUCUGAAGAAACAAGACCAUAGGUGUGUGUAGUCUGAAGUGAUACAGCCACCUUACUGAGAAUCUGCAUAAAGUUGGGCAGCAUUUGGAGAACAAUCAUGAGGGGAAAGGGGCCUUUUAAUUAGUGCUGUAUCAAAGUGUUUUGCCAAAACCUUUCUUCUUCUUCUUCUUCUUUUUGGCAUUUCAGCAAAGUGAAGGAGAUGCAAUGAGCUCCAUCCCCAAGCUUGAUCUUCAGGAGUGGGGAAGAAAACUCUUUCAAAUAACAUUUUGGAAGGGCAGCUUUCUUGCGAUUCCAAACAAGAUGGCUGAGGGUUUACUCUCUCUGCCCUCAAAAUACACAUGACAAAAAAAGUUUUGUCGCCAUGAAAAACAGUGCCAGAACUUCUUGAGCAGUCCAAUCUGAACUAUUUUCAAAAUUCUCCAAUGCUGCAUUAUGCAGCCUUAUUCCACAGGGCAUUAUUGUGGAUCCAUUGGCCAAAUGUGAAUUACCAAAGGAAGUAAGAGAGGGUCUUCUGUUCAAAGUUUACUUAUACUCUGAAUUGCAGCUUUUGGCUGCUUGCAACCCUGGCAGAUGGCCUUGCAACCCUGACGCAAAACUUGCUCUGUUAUCAUUUUGUCCUUGGGACUCCUAAACUGUGACUUCUUUUCUCCAGUAGUACACAUCAAAAUUACAUCCAUGCAGAUGUUUAAUACUUAGUGUAAUGGAAUGUAAUUUUAAUGAGUCAUAAUGUAGAUAGCAGAUUUUAUGAUGCUACCUUUUUUUUCCAGGCCAUGUGUUCAGUAUGCCCCAUGACGAUGCAAAGCAAUGUGCUGGUAUUAAUGGUGUAAGCAGGGAUUCCCAUAUGAUGGCAUCUAUGCUUUCCAACUUGGAUCGAAGCCAGCCGUGGUCUCCGUGCAGUGCUUAUAUGAUUACUACGUUUUUGGAUAAUGGCCAUGGUAAGUCGUGGUUUCAAUUUAUCUCUGUAAUGCUAGGGUUCAUAUACUGCUUACAUUUAACGCUUUAAUUUCCAGCUUACUGAAACAAUUCUGCACUUCGUUAUGCUGCUUUCUAAUAUAAGUCUGCUGUUACUUGCCCUUUAGACCACUUUUACACAUCUGGGAAAUUAUUUAAAAGAUGGUCUUUCCCACAGAAGUGGCAUCAUUCCAGAAGGGGUGGGUGUUGACUGCAUGAGAAAACCCCACACAGUUGGCUCAUUCAGCCAUGUGGGUGGGUUAUCUAAGCCAAACAGGAAACGCUUGUGUGUAAGUGACAUCCAUACUGUUGUGACAAUGUCAAGAACAUAUUUUACUUGCUCUUCAGCUGUAUCAGACAGCUAUUGGUCAUAGUAACACAAAUGCAGUCCCCAGCAUGCUCGUGUCCAGCAUGCUCCUGAGUAUUAGGGAGAGAGGGCAAAUAGAGAAGGACUGGUGCUUUUGAAACCUCAGCACACAUUUCCUAGAGGCCUCUGCUUGGUUGUUACUGGAAACAGAAUGCUAUACUAGCCAGAUCAUAGGGGUGAUCUGAAGUUCAACGGCAACUUCCAUUUUAUGGUUGAAAAUAUGUUGUCAAAUAUUGACAGAUUCACUUCAAUGGUCUAAAACAUUCCUUUCUGCAGGCAAAAUGUGCCCAUCUUUGCACACUACAAAUGCUAUAAAAAUGACUUUGCAAAGAUGGGCACAUUUUGCCUGCAGAAAGGUCCAGGCUCAAUCGCCAGCAUCUCUAGGUAGGGCAAGGAAAAGGCCAUCAUGUCUAAAACCCCAGUGAGCCACUGCCAGUCCAUUUAUACCAGGGAUGGGGAACCUGCCAUCCAGCAUAUGGUGUUGGACUCCAAAUCCCAUCAGCCCUAGUAAGCAUGGCUGCUAAGCUGUGUGGGCCCAGUGGCCUUAAGACUGCUACCUAUGUUCCUCAGUGCUUUUGAAUCAUUAUUUUGAUCACUUUCAUGCAAUCAUUCAACAGAUCUCUGUUGCACCUGCUUAGACGUAUUUUCUUACAGUACAUUUUGUUAAAUAGAUAAAAUCCUAGUGAGUGCAUGUCUCAGAACAGAAAUCCCUCAAAUCUCUUUCUGAUACUAUCCUAUUUACAGGAAAAGCAACCCAACUUUUUAAAACAAAAGUUUCCCGUCACUCUUUUUCCCCCUUUCUCCAGGCGAGUGUUUGCUGGACAAGCCUCACAAGCCUAUCCAACUCCCUUCUGAUCUGCCUGGAACACAGUAUGAUGUGAAUAGGCAGUGCCAGUUCACAUUUGGAGAAGAUUCCAAACACUGUCCUGAUGCAGCCAGCACAUGUACAACUUUGUGGUGUACUGGCAUGUCUGGUGGAUUGCUCGUGUGCCAAACCAAACAUUUCCCUUGGGCAGACGGCACCACUUGUGGAGAGGAAAAGUGGUGCAUGAAUGGCAAGUGCAUUGAGAAGACAGACAGGAAGCAUUAUGAUGUAAGUAUGGUUAUUUUUUUUAAAAAAACCACCUGAAAAUAUAUAUCUAUAAUCAAGAGUGAUGAUGUACAGUGUAAUUAUUAUUAGCUGCCUUGAGUCCCAGAAUGGGGAAAUGGUGGAAUAUAAAUAAUAAUAAUUAAUAGUAAUAAUGAUGAUGAUGAUUUGAUUUGCUACCUGCCCUUCACCUCAAGAUCCUAUGCACAACCAUUUAAAAUGCAGCAUGAAGAUAUGGCUAAACAAAUUAGGAAUACUCUGGGCCACUCAAGUUUUUAGUUUUGAUAAAUCUAAAUAUUUUAGCUUAGUAUAGUGAUUCUGUGUGUGUUAACUCAGAAGUAAGGGGGCAGUCCAAACGUCCGACUGACAGCAGUAUGGCCUAAUGGGGCAGCAUAGCCCCCACCACAGUCACGCCACUCAUGCCAACUAGGCCAGGGGCAGCAGAGGAAAAUGACACUCCCAGUCACUAAAAAGUGGGCAUAGAGUUGCAGCCUAAAAUAUGUUUCUAAUGGUUGAUGCUUUCCCCCAAAGCAUUUCACAUGUGGGCUUAUUUCUGUGUCUUGAAAUGUAGACCCCUAUUCAUGGUGCCUGGGGAUCAUGGAGUUCCUGGGGAGAGUGUUCCAGGACAUGCGGUGGUGGAGUGCAGUACUCUCUGCGAGAGUGCGACAACCCAGUUCCCAAGAACGGCGGGAAAUACUGUGAGGGAAAGCGGGUGCAGUACAGGUCGUGCAACAUUGAAGACUGUCCAGACAACAAUGGUAAGUUACAAUCAGUUGUUUUUUUCAAAUAGAAAAGAAAUGUAGUUGUGAUAUCUUCAAAAUGCCUAAUAAAUGUAUUUUCUGUACACAGGCAAAACCUUCAGGGAGGAACAGUGUGAGACUCACAAUGACAUUUCCAAGUCUCCUUUUGGAACUGGGCCUGUAGUGGAAUGGACACCCAAGUUUGCUGGAGUCACUCCCAAAGACAGAUGCAAGCUUACUUGCCUUGCAAAAGGCACUGGCUAUUUCUUUGUCCUUCAGCCUAAGGUGGGUGUGGGUGUCAGUGUCGGUGCAUAUUACUUAUAGGCAAAGUUUUAUAUGUGCCAUUAAAUUUUAUUGAUCCUAACAAUUGCUUAAAGAGGCACACCCUAAUAUGGAAACUAACACUUUAUUCAAAUAGCUUCACUCCCCUUGCUUCACUGCAGUCCAAUCUUCCCACUGCAAACCAAUUUGCGUGCAUAGUCAUUCUGUUUCUAUAUCUUAUUUUUAAAAUACCUUUGAAAAUAUUUUACAUGGUAUCUGAAUUUAUUCAUUUUCUAAGAUCCAGCAGGUUCCUUCAUUCUCCCUCUACGCCAUAGCAAUGCCUAAUUACUAAACAUCUAACUUCUAAAAAGUAAUAAAAUGCUUUUUAUUCGAUUUAGUUUCAAUUUUGGAGCUAUUAGUCAGAAAAACUCAUCCCUCAAAGCUUAAAGUAAGGUAUAGUCGUAUUCUUCAUAAUGAAAUAUUAUUUGGCUAUAUCCUGACUUCCUGAUCCUUGAAGAAAUUAAUUAGGCUCCUGCUGACACAAGUGCUGGAAGAUCAAAGUCUGUUUGUUGCUGUUACAGAAUAUAAAUUUAUAACUUUUGAUAUAGAGAGACAGGCAAGGAGCAGUGAGCUGUCUUUGUGAUGCUAUGCAUGAGCAACUGCCCAAGAAAGAACUUAGUGUUGUCGGUUCUGAACACCAAUGUGAGAGAUUUGGGGAGGCUUAAAUUCUGAGAGGGAAGAGGAGACUGUACUCUGCCACAUUCCCUACCAACCCCCCAAAAUCCUCACAGAUGCUUAGCUUACAGAGCUGGACUUCUGUUCAGUUUUAUACCAACACAGUUCCUAAUGAUCACAAACUAUGCGCACAACCUCCAAGUGCUGGAUAUAGAAAUCCAGGAAGCAGUUAGGCAGUACCUUUCUAUGCAUGUAGUCCAGAAUCCAGCCAGUCAUGUGUUUAUGGAAACCCACUUCUACACAUGCAGCACACUCACUGAACAAGGACAAUAAAAUUAUAGUUUUAUUAUGACUCCCACUAUUGAUUUUCAGUGGGGACCACUGAAUAUCUCCUCCGUUGAAACUAUUGUGAUUAAAAAGUGUUUAACUCUGGAUGGAUUGUACCUGGUGCCAAAAAUGUUUAGUGUUAGUACGAACACAUGUGUGCCCUUCUAAUCAUGGCUUCUUUGCUUUCUUUAAAGGUGGUGGAUGGAACCUUGUGUAGCCCAGAGUCCACUUCAGUCUGUGUCCAGGGGCAAUGUGUAAAAGCUGGCUGUGAUCGCAUCAUAGGCUCCAGUAAGAAGUUUGAUAAAUGUGGCGUCUGUGGAGGAAAUGGAUCUACUUGCAAGAAAGUGUCUGGAACACUUUCUAGUUCCAGGUAUGUGGGGUUUUAUCCUUAACUGUUCCUAAUAGCUUACAGAUAUGUCUUAUCCACUAGGAUUGUAGAGCAGUUGUAUUGUUCAGCUGAGGGACCAAACUUUCAUCUUUUAAAAUUGAAAGCUUACUUAAAGCUUGCAUUAAUGUACAGGACCAAACUUUCAUCUUUUAAAAUUGAAAGCUUACUUAAAGCUUGCAUUAAUGUACAGGAAUUUUAACUUUUGAAGCUGCAAAGAUCUAGCCAAUCAUAAGUUUCUGUACUUAAUGUGAUCCUUGAGUAAAUAAGGAUAUACUGGAGACUCAACUGCUGUCCUCUUUUUCUUACCUCUAGACCUGGUUAUCAUGAUGUUGUUGUGAUCCCUGCUGGGGCAACGAACAUAGAAGUUAAACAACGGAAUCACAGAGGUAUCAGGCAGGACGGCAGCUUCCUUGCUAUUAAAGCUGCAGAUGGCACCUACAUUCUCAAUGGUGACUAUACACUAUCAACUGUGGAGCAAGACAUCACCCAUAAAGGCAGUGUGUUGACAUACAGCGGCUCCUCAGCUCCUCUGGAAAGAAUCCGCAGCUUCAGCCCACUGAAGGAACCUUUAACAAUACAGGUCCUUACCGUGGGUGAUUCGUUUCGACUUAAGAUCAAAUACAGCUAUUUUGUGAAGAAAGCGGGUUCCGAGAAACCUCCCAGCAAAAAGACUGAUUCUUUCAAUGCAAUUCAGGAGACGAUCUUAUCUGAAUGGAUUUUUGAAGAAUGGGGAGAAUGUUCUAAGUCCUGUGGUACUGGUUGGCAGAGGAGAUCUGUAGAGUGCAGAGACCUUAAUGGACAGCCUGCCACAGACUGUGCAAAAGAACUCAAGCCAAGCGAUGUCCGGCCGUGUGCAGACACACCAUGCCCACAGUGGCAGCUGGGAGACUGGUCACCAUGCUCUAAGACAUGUGGGAAAGGCUUCAAGAAGAGAUUGUUAAGAUGCAUGUCCUUUGAUGGUGCCACAUUGUCCAACGAAAGCUGUGACAUUUCAAAGAAACCUAAGCAUUUAAUAGACUUCUGUAAUGUUACAAACUGCAGCUAAACCGUAACAGGUUGGGGAAGCUAAAGUUGGUUGUUUUCUUUUCCCCUUCAGACCAAAGCACUGAAAAUGAACUAUUGAGAGGUAGCAAUUGUAAUUCGCAUGGAAAAUUCACAGGGAAUCCACUGAGAUGGAACAGUGCAAAUAACGUUAAAUAGUAUACUGAAAUGUAAAACAAAAAACCACGUCAACUGAAAAUCUGAUAAAAACCAAUCUUAGUUGCUAGCUGUUUCAUCUUCAGCAGGUAAAAGUCCUGAGGCAUUACAAUUUCCUCUUUUAAGUCUGUUACAAAUUAAACAAAACAUAGGCAGUGGCCAAAGAAGUUUAAACAAACAUUUCAAUGUUUUAGUGAGAGUUGGGUUUUUUGUUAAAACUUAUUGAGUUUGUUUUGUGGUACUGAUAAAAUCCCUCUCUUAAUCAAAGUUGGAGAGGGAGGACCAUUUUCCUCUAAGCUUAAUUAUUGGUCAGCUCUUGCCUACCUCACAAAAGCAAAAAAACGUAACAGUAUUUUUUGGGGGGGGAAACUAUAUUGUUCAUGGCUGCUAUCAGUAGUUUUAUAUAACAGUAGAGUGAUAUUUUCCACCAGGAAGCAAACAAUUACAAUGAUGUUUGCUUGUAAAAUCUGAUAACUAGAAUGUAGUGCUCUUAAAACCUUUUGAUUUAAUUAGAUCCUUUUUCUUCAUUGUAGCUGGUAUGCUCAACCUGCAGAGUUAGAAUGGUAGCAGUUCGAGAACCGCACACUGUUCUCACUGCCCUGGAUUGAUCGCUCCCUUAUGUGUGUGUGUCUGUUCUUCAUGCCCACAAUUGUUCCACAGGACUCCAACAAAACCCAAAUUUAGCUUUGGAGCAUAUGCAUGUGCCUGAUUCCACCAUGAAAACAUAUUCCUAAAUUGUUACCAUUUGAGUUAUCUAACAGCCACCAUUUUGUUCAGAUACAGCUCUCCACCUCGUCGAAAGUAAUAUUCUUAUGUUUUCUGCAAAGAGUUAAUGGAAUUUUAUGGAUAGAAAAUUGCUUAAUACAUGGCACCCCAUAAAUUUGCAUUGUUUGAAUCACUUGUACGGCAGGGAAGAUUGCUGCGGGAUAGCAGGUCCAUCCACAGCAGUAUGCCAGUCCCUGCAUAUUUAAAAAGGAUGUGCUAGUUCAUAGACUAUGAGAGAAUAUGGCUCUCCAUAUGUAUAUAGUAAAAUAUAUUGCUAUAGAGGAUGCGUACUUUAUAAGUAUUUAUAUUCUUUCCCUUCUGAGAAGGGUUAUAAUUGGUAAUAAAAUGCAUAUAAUGAACCUAUUUAUUUUUAUAUUUCUUGGCUAAUAUGAUCUCCUAAGUUAUCACUUUUUUAAAAAAAGAAAAAGACAUAUAACAAGGAUAGAGUAUUUAUGCAAUAUAAUAUGAUACUAGAGAUAAUAAACACUAUGAAUUUUG